AUGACGCGACCAAGCCGAGACGGACUUUACUGGGAGGACGGUCUCUGGGACAUUACGCCGCGCUGGGCGCGGGAACCCUCCAUAGCAGCCAUCGAGAAAGUCUGCCGCCGGAAGCUGGGCGUCGAUGACAGCGCUUGGUGCGACGUCUCGUUCUUCGCAGAGGGUGCCUUCAACAAGUUGUAUCUUGUCAAAAGCGACGGCGACAAAAGAAUCAUGCGGGUGUCUCUCCCGGUAUGCCCUGGCGACAAAACUCGUGGAGAAGUGGCGACUUUGUCCUGGAUUCGACGCUGGACUGACGUGCCAGUCCCCGAGGUAUUCACCUUUAACGACUCGAACAACGAUGAGAUCGGCUUCGAGUGGAUUUUGAUGGAGUUUAUGCCCGGCGCCUCGGCUUACUCACGAUGGAGGGGAAUGUCCAUGGCUCAAAAGACAGCCUUGGUGGAGAAGAUCGCCGACUAUCAAGCGCAAAUCCUCAACUCUGGGCCUCAGCAAGAACCAUUCCGCGGCAUCGGAACCCCUCGCCUCGAAAGCAGCAUAGAUGUGCAGAGCGAAGAAGGGCAUGUCGUAAUAAGCAAGAUGAUGUCCCUUGCCUUUUUCUGGGGAGACAACUACGACUUUGACGUUCCCCGUGGCCCCUUUCGCUCAAGCCACGAUUGGCUAAGCUCGCUUAUCAGGAUUAUCAUCCUCAACAACCAAAAGGUAAUACGAGAAGCAGAGGACGAAGACGAUAAAGAAGACGCAGAAAGAACUCUGCCCAUCGCACAAAAGCUUCUCGACCUGCUGCCUCGGAUUUUCCCUGCCAUCCAACACCCUCCCGAACGGACCUUUCUGCAACAUAACGACUUGUCUCUACAAAACAUUUUGGUAGAUGAUAAUGGAAAUCUCACGGCCAUCUUGGACUGGGAAUGUGUUUCCGCGGUGCCCUUAUGGGCCGUGACCUCAUUGCCCGACUUCUUGAGCGGACUACGAAGAGAAGAGAAGCCCAACCGGGACAGAUACGCGGAUGAGAGCGAAUCGGACGUGUCCUCAAGAUAUCCCAUCCUGGAUAAUGAGGGGAAACAGGACAUUUACUGGGAUCAUCUUCUGCAGUAUGAACAGACUCGGUUGAGGGAGGCCUACGCAGCACGAAUGCGAAAGUCACGACCUGACUGGGAAACGGAAGUCGAGGAGAGCCUGCUGAAGACGGAUUUUCUCGAGGCAAUCCAUUUCUGCCGGAGUGCAUUUCAUCUGCGAAGUAUCCCGAAGUGGAUUGAUAGCAUCACGGCGGGGAAGUUCCAGAGACUUGGUGACAUGCUUUACGAACAUCCCCUUGUCUAG